AUGCUGGUGCACCUGCUGCUGUGCCGAUUGUACCAGCGGCGCUUCUACUGCAGGGAAUCGCACUGCCCAGCCGACCUGCGCGACCUGUGGCAGCGGGCACGCAUGGCUGAGGUCGAGGAGGCGCUGUGGAGCGUCAGGGUGAAGCUGGCAGCCGCCCUGGCGCGCCUCAGGAUCAAGAGCCACGCGCUCAGGCUCGAGCAACUGCUCCCCAAAUCGCUGCGCGACCGCAAAGACUGCCGCGACGAGCACCUCAUCCCCACCACCAUUUGGAUCAACACCUGCAAAAUCAGGAGAGACGACGCCUUAUCUCUGUUAGAAGAGUCUGGCUUUGUGAUAGACGGUCCAAGCGAAGAAGUCAAGUCGGUGCGAACAGACAAGCGGUGUCCUGGCCUGCUGCACCACCACCCUUCACUCAGGGCAAGUUUCGCACAGUCCCAACUGGUUCAGGAGGGCCUUUUAGUUUUACAAGGAAGGGCAUUCUGCUUGGGCCCGGCCACGUUUUGCUACGUCCUGGACGACUUUGCCCUGACGGGAACUGUGAUUCAAAGUCACGCUCACUCACCACGCACGUCGGCUUAUCUGGCCACCCUGCUCGCGUCCUGCACCUCAAACAGGCCUCUCAUUGUCUUCGGAGCUGGAGACAAGAAACGUGAAUACGAAAAAUACUUGCACAGCGUUGGCAUUUCCAACGUCUACAUUCGAUCUGAAAAAUUUGCUGAGUUGUCUCCGGACAGUGACAUCCUGGACGGUGCCGUUGCACUUCUCGCCAACCCUCCCAACUCCCUCUCGGCCGUGCAGGACCCGGUUGACUUGGCUUGCAGCAGUGGAAGGAAUUUGCAGCUGCUGGAGGAUAUGGCCCUGGCGGCCGAAGACUCAAGCGAGGAGGCAAAGGAGCGGCAGGAGCUGCUGGAGGAAGAGCAGCGAGCGACGGUCCGCCUGGCGUUGUCCGCGCCGCAGCUGCAGGUCGUGGUCUUCGAGUCGCACUCGGUCCUUCCCCAGGAGACGCGGCAGCUGCUUAUCGACGAGAUCGAGUCGGCCAACGAAGCCGCCAGGGAGAAAGCGGUAAUUUCUUCAGGGCCACUGGCACGGUCGCACAGCAUCGGCGAGGACAGCGUUUUUGAUAAGGACGGCGACGAGAGUUCUGUGGUCAACGAGCCUCUGACCGCCAGAUCCGGUUGUUCUACCACGGUUCCUGCCACGGAUCUGUUUGAAAUCGCCCCACUCCAGCCGAAAAAGCAACACGAAGUGAGCAAUGAAGAUGAUGAGGUGGAUCCCUGCCCUUCCUUUGAGGAGGACGGGUGCUUCUUGGCGCUAUUGAAACGACAGGAGAUAACUCGUUUGGACGCGCAGUACAUGAUUCAAAUCGCGGAAUCGCGCGGGCUGUUUGGCGGACGGCACAAGAAGCACUCGCCGUACACGCAGCGCAAGCAGCACAAGAAGAAGAGCGACACAGUCCUCAGGGACAUCAUGAUGCGCAACAAGAACAAGCAGAAGGAAGCGGAGUGUGGCGAGCGCGUGUCGCAGCCCACGAUUGCCUCUCUGCUGCGCCGGACGUGCUCGAGGAGCAGCAGCCCCGACCGCUCCGACGUCAUCAUCUGCACCGACUGCCCUCGUAGGGCCAAGGCUAGUGAACCACCACCCGACUUGUUCGCCAGGUACAUUUUCAAUCGGCGGCAGGAUGCGAGACGCUGGUGGAGCGAGGCUGCCAGGAGGGUGCUCGCCCUGCUGAGGACAAGCAACCCGCACGCCCUGCCGAGGUUCAGACUGGUACGCACGCCAGUGCCGGGACCAGGCGCCACGUGGAGGGCGCCGUACCCCCUCAGUGUUCACUCCCUCGAGUUCCACGACGAAAGCCAAAUCUCGGACGAGUACGACAGCGACCACAGCGACUCCGUAUGAUAGAUGCCAUGAUAUAUUGACACGUGUAAAUAUUUUAUGUCUAAUAAAUAAUAUAUUUAAUUUCAA